CCGACCUGGCUUCCGCUUCCUCCCGCCUGAGGAAGAUGGCGGCGGCCUCGGCUUCAGCCUCGGGCCUGUCCAAGGCCGAAUACCUGCGGCGGCGCUACCUGGAGGCCGACGGGCCGGAGGCGGAUUCGGAGGUCAAGAAGCGGCGCAAGAAGAAGAAAGCGGCGAAGGAGCUGCCGCCGGGAAGAAUUCGCAUAGUGGAUGAUGAUGACACGAGCUGGAAAAAUAUCCCUAUUGAGCAGGAAAAAGAGGAUGAGGAGGGGGAUGAUGGAGACUUGCCUGUGGUGGCUGAGUUUAUUGAUGAGCGGCCAGAUGAAGUUAAAUGGAUGGAAGAAUUCCGAACCAGUAACAAGUGGAAGCUGUUGGGAGAUCAGAAGAAAGAGUCACAAGAAUCUGAUCAUUCUGUGACUGCAAAGUCAACAAAGAGUUCAGAAGCCACAAAACAAAAAAGAGCAAGGCAUUCGCCAGACCAGUCACCGCCGAGGAGACGUCAUGACUCGCUAGACCAAUCACCGCCCAGGAGGGUCCUCUGUGACUCACCAGAUCAGUCCCCACCCAGGAGGGGCCGCCGUGGCUCACCAGAUGAAUCACCUAAAAGGCAUCAUUCUGACACAGGCAAAAAUAAUACCAGAAGCUCGCAUGGAGGCCGACAGGAACGCUACGCUGACCUGUCACCACCCCAGAAGAAGACGCGUGAUUCUGAUGCCGGCCCGUUGCUGUCUCAGAAACGGCAGUUGCCCGCUGGGGGUCUAGGAAAGCAAAGCAACGCCAGAGACUCAGAAGCCAAUAAACGGUCCCAUUCAUCAGCACCUUCACCAAGGAAGCGCCAGAGACAUGAUUCUGAAUCUGACUCCAAUUCUCCUCCACCCAGGAGGAGUGCCAAAUCCUCCUCAGAUUCGGACCUUUCCCCACCACGGGCCUCUCGCAGUACACACUCACAGCGCCCGAGCUCUCCUUCCGACCUCUCUCCUCCCAGAAGAACACGGUGCAAUUCUUCAGACUCUGAUUUGUCCCCUCCCCGAAGAAGUCAAGAAGGCAGGAGGAAGGACCACAGAUCCAAGAGCCCCCUUGACCUCUCACCACCUCGACGGGCCAAGGACACCAAAGGGAAGGAUGGCAUCCAAAAGGGCCCUCAGAUGCUUUCGGGGGGCAAAGCUGGCUUAGUGUCAGCUGAGCUGCUGAGGAAGGAGCAGCAUGAGCUCAGGAAACAGCAAAGCAGCAGCAAACAUUUGGAAGCUGAAUCGCGACAUGCUGAAACGGUUUUCCGGGACAAGUCGGGCCGCAAGAGAGACCUGAAGCAGGAGUUGCUGGAACAGCGCAAGAAAGCAGAGGAGAAAUCUGAGCGAGAUGAGCAAUAUGCCAAAUGGGGAAAGGGCCUCACACAGAGCCGGCAGCAGCAGCAGAAUGUGGAAGAUGCGGUGAAAGAAAUGCAGAAGCCACUGGCCCGGUACAUUGACGACCAGGACUUGGACAAGAUGCUGCGGGAGCAGGAGCGUGAAGGGGACCCCAUGGCUGAUUUCCUUAAGAAGAAGAAGGCCAAGGAGAAGAAAGAUACAAAAGAAAAGCCAAGAUACAAUGGACCAGCACCCCCACUUAAUAGGUUCAACAUCUGGCCUGGGUAUCGCUGGGAUGGAGUGGACAGGUCCAAUGGCUUUGAGCAGAAGCGCUUUGCCAGGAUCUCAAGUAAGAAGGCAGUUCAGGAGCUGGCAUACAAGUGGAGUGUUGAGGACAUGUGAUUUUCCAUCCCGAGAUGCGAUGGAACCUCCUCACAGUGCUGGAGAUGGAAGGAUCUCCUCUGCAACAGGGUUAAAGGGGUCCACCUAUCAAGACUGUUCCAGGUGGUUUUGGAAGGGCUUGGAGGCAGCUUGCUCUUUCCAGGCAGAAGGCGAGACUGAUGGAAUUCCUGCAGUAUAUAUAGACUGGACAAGGAGGAGUGAGAGAGAGCCACCUAUGGUGCAGAAGCCCAAAGUCCUUUUCGAAUGGAAACCUCUGGAAAUCCACUGCUGGAAGAAACUGGUCUCUUCCAUAUUAACCUCAUGGAGCAGUUGAGGUUGCUGCAGUUGAUCGUAAGCUGAAUUUGAAAUCUCAGGUGCUUUUUCUGGGUAAGGGGCAGCAAGAGACAAGGUUAAGGAGGACUCCCUUCAUUGAAUAACAUUCCUUCUGCUCCUUGGAAGGGUUUGACUGUGUUUUCUUGCAGCUGCUGGCCAUGGUUGAAACCACUGGCUGGUUUGUGACUCUGAACAUCCUGGUGUACAUAAGCACAGCAUCUUCCUGCGUUUUCUGUCUUGCACUGUUGGGUGCAUACACUUCUGGACUGUGCAGUUUUUGCCUGGGCAGAGAGAAUGCUUUCCCAUAACCUUUCCCUAAAAGGACCAGCUGGAAAUCUGCACUGUUGUAUUUGAGAAUCAACUCACCUCCAACAGCAGCUCAAGGAGCUAGUUGGGAAGUCAACGUGCAGAUUUUGAAACCCUUUUGCAUUUCCCCUGAAACAUCUGCUGAUGUCACCGAAGGAGUCCCUUCUGUUCCUGCAGAACACAGGGAAGCUAAAUGCAAAGACUUUUUCAUAGGAAAUGGGAUUCUUUGCAGCUAAAAUUUCUACAGCCCUUUGUAUUUUUGAUGUACAGUUUGUAAAUAACAACUUCCUUUUCUGA